UUCUCAGUCUGCUUUGUCCACAAUUGUAAAUCAUUCCUCUCUUUUUUUUCCUCUCUUUCUUUCUUUACCAAAUUUCAGAAUUUAAAAGUUGUGAGUGUUAAGUUAAGAGUACGGAUUCUGAAAUGUAUAUCUAACUCUUAUCUCUAGGUCAGAAACAUUUUAUCGACCGUAAACUCUAAAUCUUGAACCCGUGGUUGGAUCCGUCACUGUAUAUAUGUUCAUGGAAACACCAUCAAUAUUAUCCAUAUUUGUAGUCAUAUUUUGCAGCCUAAAUAUUAUUAUUGUGACAGUAGAAGCAACAUGGUGUGUUGUUAGAAGUGAUGCAAGUGCACAAGCUUUACAAAGAGGUUUAGAUUAUGCUUGUAGCUAUGGUGCUGAUUGUGUACCUAUUCAAUCUUCUGGCCUUUGUUAUCUCCCAAAUACUAUUCAAAAUCAUGCUUCUUAUGCUUAUAAUAGUUUCUAUCAGAGGAAAAAUGAAGCCCCUGGCUCUUGUGGAUUUUCUGGCACUGCUACUAUUGCCAAAACCGAUCCAAGCUAUGGAUCUUGUGUUUACCCAGCUUCUCCAAGGGCUGCUGGUGGGCUGAUUCCUCCCGAAGCGGGAGGCCGCAAUAACACAAGUGGAGAAAUCUCGACCAUCCCAGUUUUGUAUCCACCACCACCAACAAAUAUAAACGCCGUGUACGGUAAUGGAUCGGAUAUUCCCAACUCUCAAGAUUCUAAAGCAACUUCUCCCAAAUUUUGGACGAUGGCAAGCUUAGUUCCGGGGCAUUUGAUGCUUCUCUUCCUUCAUAUUUUUUAACAUUUGUAGGCAUUCUUGGUCCUAGAAUGAAGACUUAACUUAGUGCAGUUUAAUAACAAUUUGAAAGCUUUAUUUUUGGAUUUUAAAGACUAGUGUCAUCAAAAUUAAAAUAUCGCUUCGCUGCUCAAAGCAAUGAAACAGUGUAAAACAAGGAAUUAAUUAUCAUUUCAUGAGUGAAACCAUGCGCUUCAAAGAAGUGCGUGUUUCAAAUAA